CUCUCACUCCCAUUUACAACUUUUUCACUUUUAAUUAACUAAUUUACUUUCAUUUUAAUUGUUUUUUCUCAUCUUCUAAUUACCUUGUUAACCAUCACAAUUAGUCAACUAUGUUUCUAGUAACAGCGAUAAGAAAUUAUCUGUUUAUCUUAACAUAAAAAUCUAAACCUUUUGGAUCGUCAAAAUAAAUGAUUGACUUUUUCAACUAAAAUUAAUAUUUUUUUUUAUAUUUGUAAUUUGAUUACAAUUUAAUCUUGUUUAAUUAUGCUUAUUUUCCUGGUAACAACGUUAAUCCAAUUACUUCUUGUUGGCCUUGUAUUCAUUGUUGGUCUAUUUAUUGUUAUCGCCUUAAUCUCAAGAUCUCAUGUUCCAAACAUUAUUGUAAAAGCUUCAAUUAAUUGCCGAAAAGAAAAAAUCUCAUCUCUAAAUGAUCUCAAUCUAUCCAACAAUUUAAUCGAUUACAAAGGUUACCAAGAGAGUUUACAAUCAUCAUCAUCAUCAUCUAACAAUUAUUUUAAAACCAAUCUACUAAUUUCCAAGAAUGUUGAUACUCUACUUGAAGAAAUAAUUGAUUUAAUAUUCCGUGAUUAUCUUUACGAUUGGUAUAUUGAUCUGGUACAAAAUAACACCGAUCGACUUGAUGUUAAAUUGAAAAAUGAGAUAUGGACAAUGUUUUCAAGACUAUUGGCAAUUUGUCGUCAAUUUGAUGAUAUCUCCUUCCUGACCAAAGAUUUAGUCACAAUAAUGCAUUCACAUGUUACCAAAAUAUCGUUAAUCCUUUCAAAGCAAGACUCAUAUGAACUUUAUGAUUAUCUCUCCACCGAGGAAAAGGAAAUCAAUUAUCUGAACAAAUUGUCCAACAUGAUUUUGGCUCUUUUAUUACCUUCACGUUAUGCUAAAAGUCAACCAUUGGUUAACCUGUUGAAAGAGAUACUUGGAAUUCAUGUUUUCCAUAAUUGUAUCGAGAUGAUCUCCGAUCCUGAUUAUAUAAACCAGAAAAUCGUUGAGUACAUAAAGAAUCAUCUAGAUGAAAGUGAACGUCAUCGUAAAACUUACGCUUAUGCUAAAUCAUAUGAGGAAUUUGUCGAGAUGAUUAAGAAUUGUUGUUCAGUUGAAGACCUUAAAAAGAUUCGUUAUAGAAUCGUAUCAGAGAUCAUGCAAGCAACGGCUCUGGAGAAUUUGAAAAGACAAAAAUUAAUGGAUAAAGAGCUAAGGCCUAGUCAAUCAACUUCUUCGUUGGCUAAAGGAGAUUUACUUCUAAAUCGUGAUUUACGUCGUUACAUUAACAAUCUACAAUAUGCCAAGAAUUUGUGCUCAAAGAGAAUCAAUUAUCUAAUCACCUAUGCGUACCCGUCGAUAUCUACACUUAAUCCUGAGAGUGUAUUAGUUGUCGAUGGUUUAACUUAUCCUAAACCAUUGAAGAAGAAAAUUCUUGCUUUUGAUAUUAUUAUAAGAUCAGAUUUGUGCCGAAGUUUCCUAAGGCGUUUUCUACAAAAUUCAUUGGGAAAUUCGACCGACAAUACUGAGCGAACCUCGAAAUAUUUGGUUCUUUUCUGGGAAUCAGUGGAAGAGAUGAGAAAUCAAAAAGGAGUUAAACAGUAUCAAAUCGCCAACGAACUUCUCAAACAUUCGUACUUUCUAAAUGCUCUUAAUAUUCACAUUAAAUUUGGAAAAAAUGAUCGAAAAGGAAUGGAAUCAUUUAUUCGAGGUGAUAAAGGGCCUGAAUCAUUUUACGAAGCACAAUUAGCCGUUUACUCUGUUUUGGUUAAUCGUUACUAUCCUUUGUUUAUAGUGAGCAAAGAAUAUGAUGAAAUGAUUGAUACUCACAAUGAUUCUGAUCUUUUUGGACAGAUGAUUAAAUGCGAAGAGAACAUUGAAAACUCAAGUCAAUUAAGCCUUGAGAGGUCAAUAAGUGGUUACGAAAAUCAGUCAAUUCGUCAACAAAACGCACAACAAUCAGUGAUCGAUGUUCAUAUUUGUCAAGCGAGAACUAAAUUGAAAGAAUUAAGUAAAAAGAUUGACGGUAAACAACAAGCAUUAGAUGCAAUCAAAGAUGACGAACAUGAAUCCAACUCUAAAUUAGCUGAAUUAUUACAAAAGGAAAUUCAAGAUCUUCGAGAAGAAAUGUUUGAAUUGGAAAAUCAUAUUGUUUGGUCAGAAAAUUGGAUAAUUAAUCUAAACAAAUGGCAAGCUGAACUUCACAAUAUUCAACUCGAAACCCAACAAAGUACCUCACCUUUGGUGAUUAUAAUAAUCAGUUCGAAGGAAGCAAAACACGAGAAAUCAAGUGCCGAUGGUUGGAUAAUCGCUCGAACCAUCUCCGAUUUAAUAGAAUUGAAACGAAAACUAGUUCGAAUCAACGGGAAUCUAAAGCGAAUUGAAAUACUUCGAUUGAAAAAUGUGGCCCCGACAAACGUUAACCUAAUCAACCGAGCGAAAGUGAAUUUGCAAUUAUUUUUAGAUCAACUGAUGAGAGACGAAAAUUGUGUCAAAUCAGAAGAAGUUUACCUGUUUUUCUGUCCAUCACCAGGUAACCUUCGAGUUCCAUUAUCGUUUUCGAAGCAAUUUAAUUUUCGAAAUUUACCCUUUGCCUCGUUCUUUGGUAUAACCAAUCCCGAUAGUUCUGAAUCAAAUUCAGGGAAAACUGGAGGUGACAGUGAUGACGAAGAUGAAGAUGACCAAUCAUCAUUCAUAUUCGACGAUGAACUCGAAUCAAAAGACGAUAACAUAGCCGAACCUUUGUACAAUCUAUUAACCGAAAUAUUCGAGCUUAAAGGAGCGAUGGGUUUUCUCCGUCAAAUGUUAAUUAUCUUCGUUCAUACAACAUACGGACAAACAAUUAACAAGCAACUUCGAGAAACGGUCUCAUGGACUUUCUCAGAAUCUAUGGUUCAUUAUUAUCUAACCAAUUUAAAAAACGCUCUUUGGCCUGAAGGUAAAUUAGCACCACCAAGAGAACCAACCAACGAAUCAACUCGCCGAAAGAAUCAAUUCCUUGCAAAGAGACUUUUAAUCGAUAACAUUCCCGAUAUAUUGAACAAUCUAUUCGGUCAACAAAAUUGUCGAAAAGGAUUAAUUAAACUAUUUGAUUACAUUCAAGAUCAAAACCUAAACAAACAAUUACUCUACGAGAUACUAGAAACUUUCAUCAUCCAAUUUGUCCCACAAUUAAGGGAAACAAAUUCCUCUUCAACAACAUCAUCACCAACAACAACAACAACUACAAAUCCAAGUUAAUUGUCACAAUUAUCGCCAAUUAAUUUGGGUCCAAAUCAAAAAUCUAUAAAACAAAAAUCUAAAAAAAUUUCUAAUAAUUUGUUACAAAAAUUUAUACAAAUAAUUUACAUUCAAUUGUUUUUACUGGAAAAACAAAUCAAAUAUUAAUAAUUUAUUUUUACCCUUUAAUUGUUUUCACCUUUCAGUUGAUUGAAAUUGAACAAUCAAGUUAAAACACCAAAUGUCUCUCAACAAGAACUACACAAUCAGCAGAAUCAUCAAUUGAUUGUUGUAAUCGAUUAAUUCAGUUAAUUGUUUUAAAUGUUAUUCCAAAAUGAGAAAUGAUUCUAAUCAGCGAAAAUUAAAUGUUACCGCCUUUCGAUCAGUUAA